AUGAUCCUUCGAUGGGCACCGCAAAAUGACAUCCUCGCCCACAACAAGACGAUCUUGUUCUUCACUCAUGGCGGAUUAAAAAGUAUUAAAGAAGGUAUUUGCUCGAGCACACCAAUGCUUUUUCUGCCUUUCUUCGCAGAUCAACCGCGAAACGCACUUUUCGCUCGGCAUCUUGGCAUUGCUGAAGUGAUCUACAAAAAGGUUAGUCUUCCUGUUCCUCUACAAUUUGCAGGGAGUUGGAGAUAUUCAGAAAGCUAG